CCCAUCCAAGAACCAACCAUACUGCAGCCAUGGCCGCCGCCGUGCUACGACGCGUCCGGCUCGUCGUCCUCGUCCUCGCCGUGGUCGGCGCAGCGGAGGGUGUGGAGACGACGCACAUCAAGGUGUACUGGCACGACGUGGUGAGCGGGGCGAGCCCGACGGCGGUGCAGGUGGCGCGGGCGGCGACGACGAAUUCGUCGGCGACCUUCUUCGGUGCCGUGGUGGUCAUCGACGACCCGCUGACGGAGGGCCCCGACCUGAAGAGCUCGGCGCCGGUGGGCCGCGCGCAGGGCACCUACAUCAGCGCCGGCAAGGACAAGCUGGCCAUGCUCAUGAACAUGAACUUCGUCUUCCAGUCCGGCAGGUACAACGGCAGCACCGUCGCCAUCAUGGGCCGCAACGAGGUCUUCUCCGCGGUCCGCGAGAUGGCUGUCGUCGCGGGCACCGGCGUGUUCAGGUGGGCGCAGGGCUACGCCCAGGCCAGGACGCACACCCUCGACAUGAAGACCGGCGACGCCACUGUCGAGUACAACCUCUGUAUCAAGCACUAA